CGCACAUUUAUUUUAACCAGGAAAGCGAACAAAAUUACAUUUUCGUGUUUGAGAAGUGACUCGCUCACAAAAGAAAACGAAACAUGGCUGUCAUGCAGAUGGUAACAGCACCUCUUUUAUCAGUCAUCCUUAUUAUUUCUCUCACAUCACUAAACACAUAUGCAAAAGAACACAGAAAUAAUUGUACAACUGAAAUUUCUCCCACUGUCAUUAAAAAUUUAACUCGUCUAGUAAGAUCAGGCAAACAAGUUUUCAAUUUUGAAGUCCAUAUAAUUGAUAAAAAAAUUGAUGGCCUUCUCAAUCCUGUGCCACUAGAUUAUUUUGCAAAUGCGAGACGUUUCACAUGGAUUCCAGAUAAACCAGAUGGUUUAGUAAUGUAUAAAAAUGUCCUCUUUGACUUUUCAAUUCGCUCAUUUAAUAUAUUAGACGCUUACAUUGCUACUCCAAGUAUUGAUAUCGAUAUGAAUUGUGGAAAACAAAAUGUUCAGCGAUACGAUGUAAUAUAUUCGAUUUUCGAGGAAUUAAAGAGAAUCGUAUUUAUCAAUGAAUCGCAGAUGGGAGAAUCUGGAUAUAUGUGUUUCUUUAUAAAUUUGUCGCACGACAUGCAGAAGAACAGUCCUUAUACGUUAUUAGCGUACAGAAUAUUGGGUAUUUAUCGUGAGAUACUGAAGAAUUAUUGUUGUGAACUACAUAAAAAUGAUAAUACUACUUAUGAACCAAAAUCCAUUUGUUCUGGAAAUACCAUUGAAAACAGUAUGUUUGUCAAUUGUGCAAAUGUUGUUGGAGCAGUUCUGUUGGCCAUAUUUCCAUUGUAUAUCAGGUUUAUAUCAAAAGCUAAAUUACCUCCGUAUUCCUGCAACCAGCCACAAUCAGGUAACGCGGAGGUGCAUUUGGAUAUUCUACCCUCAUCACCAAAUUCAAAUGAACCUAACCAGCAACAAUCAACUAACGAGGAAGUGCAUUUGGAAACUCUACCCUCAUCACCAAAUUCCCUAGAACCUAACCAUCAACAAUCAACUAACGAGGAAGUGCAUUUGGAAAUUCUACCCUCAUCACCAAAUUCCCUAGAACCUAACCAUCAACAAUCAACUAACGAGGAAGUGCAUUUGGAAAUUCUACCCUCAUCACCAAAUUCCCUAGAACCUAACCAUCAACAAUCAACUAACGAGGAAGUGCAUUUGGAAAUUCUACCCUCAUCACCAAAUUCCCUAGAACCUAACCAUCAACAAUCAACUAACGAGGAAGUGCAUUUGGAAAUUCUACCCUCAUCACCAAAUUCCCUAGAACCUAACCAUCAACAAUCAACUAACGAGGAAGUGCAUUUGGAAAUUCUACCCUCAUCACCAAAUUCAAAUGAACCUAACCAGCAACCAUCAAUUAACGAGGAAGUGCAUUCUCGAAAUGAAGACACAUCGCCGAAUUCCCUAGAACCUAACCAGCAACAGUCAACUAACGAGAGAUUAAAUUCUCAAAAUGAAGACACAUCGCCAAACUCCCUAGAACCUCACCAGCAACAAUUACCUAACAAUGAAUAUCUAUGUAAAUACGCAUUGCCAGACAAAUCAGAAUGGAUUAGUAUACAACAUAAUAUUUACAGUUUCUCUCAUUUUUUAUAUUGGUUGUUUUGUUUUCAUUAUUCGACUUUGUUUGUUUCAAGACUAAGAAGAGGUAUUCUUAUUUUGCUUUCUCUCUCAGUAAUUCUUCUAGAUCUUUUAAUGUAUUACUUAUUUUUAUAUGAAACGGUGACAAUAUUUUUACAUGAUCGCAUUCCAUUGGGUUAUCGCUCCUUCAUUCUAGGAAUCCAGAAAAGCUAUGAACUUUCAGAUUGUUUUGUUUGGGGUCCCUUUUUGGGGAUAAUCAGCUACAUAAUUUUUAACUUUAUCCUGUUUGUUCUUCCCAGUCAUUUAAGUGAGAUUAUCGCUGAAAGUAUAUUAGAUACAAAACUCAAAGAAGAUUCUUUUUCUACACUUCAGGGUUAUGAUCGACUCCUUGCAAUAAUUAAAGUUAAAGUUUUCAUUGCUGCCGACCCAUAUUUCUGGAAAUCUAUAUUUGUUAAGUGGAUUACGCGUAUACAUAAAAUGUGGACUAUUUUCUGCAAGAGUAAUAUUUUUAUAAAAAUUAUAUUAUCUAUUGCAAUGCUUGCUAAACCUGAUACUGUCGGUGGUAUAUGGCUUAUUGCCAUGUUUUUCGUUCACGCUUUUACAGUUAUGAACGCUAUUCAGGAACAUUAUAAAGGGAUACUAGUUCAAUCAAUAAUGUUUACCAAAACUAUAAAACCAAAAUUAGUUCAGUUAAAAUAUGAAGAGGAAUACAUUGAUGCCAAAUUGUUUGAAGCAAUCGUUAACGAGUAUUUUCCUUUGAGUUACGAGAUUGGUAAAGCCAUUGUAAAAUUAUUUUUAAUCGUAUCUUUUUUCUUUGCUUGCAAUAACAUAAUAAAUCGAAAGGAUUUUGAUCUAUCAGCAUUCGCACGGAUUGCUUUGAUAUUGAUGACUUCAUGGAUGCCUAAUGUAUUGUCGAAAAUUAAUGCUAAAUUUCAUUUUGAUACGUCUCUGUCACACAAAGUUAUUCACACAAUUUAUGAAUUUCCAAAAGGAAAUGAAUCCAAAUGA